CAUCAUCUCCCCCUUCUCCUCCUCCUCCUCCUCCUCCUCCUCCUCCCCCUCAAUAUCCCCCUCCUCUUCUCUUACACAUAUCUUUGGAGGGUUACCAUUCUACACAGCAAUACACGAUCACGAGUCAGGUGUAACAUCAAAUCAGCAACAAGGGUUCAUACUAUCAAACUCAGAGAUACAAGAGAGCGCUCACUGCUCUUCCGCGUCUUCCGCCCUUUCCGCUCCGCACACCUCAUCCUGCAACAUCUCCCCCUUCUCCAAUUCACCCCCUUGUCAAAGUUCUUCAUCAGCAACUCGUCCGUGGAAGGUACAGCAUUACAUUGUAUAAAUCAUACGCUAUCGGGGACCGGACAGUCCCAUCAUGUCUCUCGCAGAGGCAUCGUCCACCAUUACACUAGGCCCACCACCACCCCCAGCACCUGGGCAAUACGCGCGAAAUCACAGACGCUCGCGAUCAUCUCAGUUCUUCACAGAAGAACGCACUCAGGGCGCCUUCUCUCCUCUCCCUCCUCUCCCAAGGCGAAGCAGCGUCCGAACGCGCAGGACUUCCAGUCCAAUUCCAAUACCGGGGGCAGCACUCCGCGCAGACUCCCCAUCUCCAGAUAAUGCGCUCGGACUCGUUCCUGGACCGGAGGAGACAGUCUCCAACGAGGUGGCAGAGAGCUUAGUGGACUCGUCCACCGUACCUUUCCCAUCUAUAGGCCCCUUAUCUCCCGACCCCACGACUGCCCCGCCAAAGCCUGCCCCACCCCUCGUCGCCCAUUUGCCCAUCUUGUCCCUACCAGAGCGCACACCUACACCAAUCCCCGUGGAGCCAACCCCGGAACCGUCCUCCCCUCAGUCUGCUCCAGAGCCACCCUCACCCAAAUUUACCCCCCAAUCGUCCCCCAUCACGCUAAAAAAUGGCAGGCCACUCAAGCCGUCGCUCAAGUCCCGCUCCUAUUCCACCCCACACCUCGCUUCCCUACCCAGCCACACUCGCGCCAUCUCCGCCCCUGCCACUCCAAACUACGUACCAAAGAACGUACACUUCGCGGGCGAGAAGGAAGGUCUGGAGCAUGUCGUUCUCUUCCUGCGAGAACAGCGUCCCAUCGCCGUGAGCCACGGAACCCCGGAGGACACGGAGACAGAGACGGAGAACGACGCCAAGCCAGCUUCAUUCACCUUCCCCCGGUUAGAGACGCCACCGCCAAGAGACAAGGUCCUCCUCGACCCGGAACGGACAUCACCUGUUCCUAAUGCGUCCAGCUUGCGUUUGCAGGACGAGAUGUCGCGAUAUCCGGUCAUGCUGGAGUCGUUACUGCUUCCUCAGUCAAAUCCCCUUGUCAUGCGCGGGACCGUCAUCGUGCGCAACAUCAAUUUCAACAAGCAAAUCGCUGUGCGCUUCACGCUCGACGACUGGCAGACUGUUUCUGAAGUCUCGGCGACGUACGUCAACCACCUGCCCUCUCUCCCUCCACCCUUCUCCUCCCACUCGCCUUUCGCAUCUCUGGACAACAAAGGCUGGGAUCGAUUCGGUUUCCAGAUCAGGUUGGAAGACUAUGAGCGCAAGAUCGAGGACCGGACAUUGUUUGUCGUCGUCAGAUAUGGGAGCGAAGGCCAGGAAUGGUGGGACAACAACGACGGGGCAAAUUACCGGGUGAGGUUCGUACGUGCCCCACCAUCGGCACCAAAUACUCCUUCGUCAGCUCCUUCGGGCACAGCGGCGCUCUCUUCUGCACCUGGUCCUAUCCCGACACCACAGGCCGUCGCUCGCUCGUCUACUGCCUCGCAGGCGACGUUCAUCCCGGUCUCUGAGCCUCCUCGACGCUCCCAUUCCUUCAACCAGCUCAACCUCAAGUUGCUCAACUAUGCACCACCGACAUCACCCAAGUCGGAACAUACAAAUUUGACACCGAAAGCCUCGUUAUUCCUUGCCAAGGACAAGGAGAGGGAGGAAGAGGCUGAUAAGAAAGCACAGGCGCAGCUCGUGAACGGCAGUGAUACGCCGCCCUUGCUGGAGUCGAAGCUGGCGAAUGCAGCGGCGAUGGAGAAGUUUUCGGGAGCAAGGAAAGAGGUUCUGCAUCCCACUAGCAGCCUGGGUGCAGAGUUCGAGGCCGAGAAGGCAGAACGGGAGAGGGAAAAAGAGAAUGGCGCUCCUAUUGCGCCCGUGUUCACACUGGCAACAUUGAAUUCCAUUCCCAACCCGAUAAAUCGGAUUGGUUCUCCAGCGCUCAGCGUCGACCGGAGCGCAACGCCCAGACCCGCUUCCCCACGCACCGUUCCUAACGGCCUCCCCUCGCUGGUCCCAGCCCGCCCCGCUAGCCCGAUGCACAUCCCUGUGCCGUUUCCUGGUGCAGGGACACGUCGUCUGGUAGGAGGAACAAACUCGCCAGGCUCGUCAAGCGAGGACCUUUCCAAGCUGGCACAGCGUCGAGCCAGGCUUGCGGGCAGUGGCUCCGGCUCAGAUGGUUCCCCACGGACUGCUUCCCCUCGCCCUGGAUCGCCACAUUUAUCCCUUUCAGACGGCACGACGACGACCACCCCUGCUACGCCCGUGAUCAGCACUACGGUGAACGGUGCCGCUCCCACGGGUGAGCAACCGCAGCAGCGGCGAAAGCUGUUCACCAUGGAGCCGAUGACUCCACCUUCCUCCUCCGAAGGCAGUCCCACGCAGUCUAUGCCAUCUUCUCCCCUUCAGAGCCCCCCACCCCGGUUAGACCGGAGUGAGCGCUCGUACGAAGAAUUCCUCCAAAAAUACUGCUUUUUUCGAGGACCAAACGAUAUGGGCACCCCGCCAAUGACGGCAGGGAGCAGAAAUAGCUCUGCUGGCCGGGGCUUGGGCCAGGUUCAAGGCUGAUCAUCUCACGAUUGGAUCUCACUCUUCCAUAUUGACAUGUAACCUCGGUCUACGUACCGAAUCAAAUCGAGCCGACUCGGGCUCUUCUCAGCGACGACGACACGAUCUACGAUCUCACGAAGCCUCGCUUCGACCACACACGCACGAACACGCAGGCUGCCUGUACAUAGUUCUAUUUUCUUUCCCCUGUGAAGGCCCAGCGUUUCUCUCUCACGCCGCUCAUGCCUAUCCCGAUCUCGGGGGCUCAACCUCCCUUCCUUGUCCCCGCAAGUCUUUCGCCUCCACAUUAUACAACGAUAUCCUGCGCCUGGUCCCACUGUUUCUUGUCUGCUUAUCUCUUCUCAUACUCAUCCAAUCCGAAUGCGUCGUCCUUUCUGUGUCCUCAAUACCAUCGUAUGCCCUCCUACAACAAAAAAGCCGGACUUCUUACCACCCAAGUUCAAAAUCGACGCGCACAUACAACUCUCCUCUUCAUUCUAUUCAGUUCCCC